CUUAAAAUAAGGAAUUAUUCACCUCGGAUUAAUUAAUGGAAAGUGUCCUCGUGACGUAGAAUGCUAGAGUUGAGCUGAAUUGAAAGCGCCCAAUGACUGGAGCCGAGUGGGCGGCGAGCAUUUUAUUGUUCGUUGUUCACCUGGCAUUCAGAUGCUGCAGGAGAACAAUAGGCAGCCGUUUGAAAGGUGGAUUUCAUGUUCUUCUACUCGUAUACAAAUACAACAUCGUUCUCACCAGUUUUAUUUCCAUUCUCUCAGAAUUCUUGCACCAUCUCACCUCAUUGAUCAGCAUUCUGUUCGCCAUCGUUUAGCUUGCCUCCAACCUCACCUUCAGUCCUUCAAGGAAACUGCGCAUCAACAUGUCCAAAGCCGACGCUGCCGAUCACAUUCGCUUUCUGGUGGCAUGCAUCAAGUCCACCGGAGCGGGAAGGCCUGAUUUCGAUCAGGUUGCGGAGCAGCUUGGAAUUGUAACCAGAGGCGCUGCUCAGAAGAGAUAUGAACGAUUGAUCAAAGCCCACGGGCUUGGUCCUGCAAGCGCGAAGCCAGAGAAGUCCGAAGCCACCGAGGAAGAUGAAGCAAAUCAGACGCCCAAGAAGCGAAAGGCUCCCGCAAAGGCUCGCGCCCCCGCUGCGAAGAAGGCCAAAUCAGAUCCUGUGGCCGACAGCGACGUCAAAGUUGAGGGUGAUUCUGAUGAAAAGGUUGACCCCAAGCUUGAGAAUGGUUCGGUGAUCGCUUAAAAGUUGACGACUUCAUCUGCUGACUUGACCAUAGAUGAAGCCGGGCCUGAAGGCGAUCAGUCCUGUGCACCCGUCAAAGAGGAGUAGAUAUUGGUCCAGAAACAAGCGUGGCUGUCGAAUGGAAGGGUAAUCACGGCUUUUUUGGGAUUAUGCUCUGGAUUGAUUGACUACUAUUUGCUUGGGCGAUACCGGACGUGGAUACAAACGGAACAAAGGAAUGGUUAUGAAUUUACACUGCAUUAGGCCGGGGAAGAAUCAACGACGCAAUUUUUACGCACUUCGACGUAAAGCUUAGCUAUUCAAAGAUUGCACAAUGGGAAAUUAACUUGUA